AUGUCUGCUCGUGCAGCUCGUGUCUGCAACUCGGCCACAGUCGAUGAGGUGAAGAAGAUGCUUCGGGCUAACUAUCAGGGUGUUGGUACCGCCUACCGAGAAACAGACCCUGUCAAGGUGUGCACAGCAUACGAAGCCUUCAUUCUCGAUUACUUGGCUGUGUCAGCGAGAGUUGUGAAGACGGUGAUUUCCAAAGCUGCGAUAGAGGCCUUUGAAGGUUUGGAUGGCCAUUCUGCUGAGAUGUUCGGUCGGCAGAUCGCACACGCUGUUCAGGUCUGCGGUCUUAAGGUCAAAAGCAUUUCGUCGGGGCUAAAGACUCCUCCUAGUGUUUUGAGAAUUGCCAGGGCUUUGCAAAAGGCAAAGGACAGGACGACCCCUGCGAUUCAGGCAGAUCAGCCUGCAGUCAAGACACAUUUUUGGCGAGGAAGGAGGGCCCUGGCGAAAAGCAUGAGCGAUCCGGCCAAGGAUGAACCUGAUGUAAAAACAAGCAAGCCCCUGAGAAGGUCCUCGAGCUCGGCUGAGGACAUCUAUGCCAGAUACGGCUUGCAGCCACCGGCGACAUCAAGCACCAGCUGGAGCCACAAGGCUUGCUCGACCGAGGUGCUGCAGAUUAACAGCAGUGAUGACGAUGAAGCUGCAGAAGCCUUGGAUCUCGAGGAGGAUUCAGAGAAUCCUCCUGUUGAAGCUUCGCAGUCGCAAGUCCACAGCAAGCCUGGGCCUUCGAAAGUCAGCAGUGCCAAGGCGGAAGAUGCACCCUUGAAGCAUCCCUUGCUGAGCUUUCCUGAUCUUCACGCUUGCAAAACACGAACAGUUUACUCUGAUGGCAGUGAAUCGCAAGCAUGCCUGGAUCCAGCUGCUGGCAUUCCGCAGGAGGUUCUCGAUCAUCAUAAGGAUCUCCUUGCCAAGGCAGCGGAUUUGGUCUCGGCCAAGGCUGUGAAGGUGAAAUCCAGAAGUGCCACCCCAGCCUCCCCAAGCAAGAAGCCCAGUGCAGCCGACUCGAUGGUGAGCAAGGAUGGCUCAGAGGAUCCAUGCGUCGACCCUGGUGAUAUCGAUAUGGCCAAGAGGAAGCUCCACGCGGUUCGGCAGGCCACUGCCAGCAAGCCGCCCAGGACCUACAUCACGGCCUGUCGCUGCACCACGAACAAUCACAAGAGAGAGCUCCUGCUUGAAUUGAGCGAAAAGAAGUACCCGAAUCAUGUGGAGCUUGCACACAGUCUGAGGGCCAAGAUCCAGGAGCAGGACAUGACUUAUGAAGAAGCCCGGGCUCUUCGGUCCCAGCUGGACCAAGAGCUAGCAGCAGAAGUCCCAGCAUAG